CACCACCACCCGCCAUCCGCGCCCACGAUGCCAGCCCUCGCCAACAGCGCCCGUGCCGUCGCACGCUCAUGGACCGCCCACCAGAUGCCCGUCGCGCGGGCGGGCUGCACUGCGAUGCAGACCCGCAGCGCGUCGGCGUCGUCGUUCGACAGCCCCUUCAAGGGCAGCGCCGACAGCACCAAGAUUCCCUCGUUUGCCGCCUACCGGAACAAGAACGGCGAGCAGAGCACCAAGGUCUUCCAGUACUUCAUGGUCGGCACGAUGGGCGCCCUGUCCGCUCUCGGCGCGAAGGCCACGGUCCAGGACUUCCUCGUCAACAUGUCGGCGUCGGCCGACGUUCUGGCGCAGGCCAAGGUUGAGAUCGAUCUCGCCGCCAUCCCCGAGGGCAAGAACGUCAUCAUCAAGUGGCGCGGCAAGCCCGUCUUCAUCCGCCACCGCACCGAGGGCGAGAUCAAGGAGGCCGAGGACACCAAAUGGGAGGCGCUCCGCGACCCGCAGGCCGACAGCGAGCGUGUCCAGAAGCCCGAGUGGCUGAUCAUGCUGGGCGUCUGCACCCAUCUCGGCUGUGUGCCCAUCGGCGAGGCCGGCGACUUUGGCGGCUGGUUCUGCCCCUGCCACGGAUCGCACUACGACAUCUCUGGCCGCAUACGAAAGGGACCCGCGCCGCUCAACCUCGAGGUGCCCGCGUACGACUUCCCCGAGGAGGGCAAGGUCGUGAUUGGUUAGCGUCUUGCAUCAUGUAGAGUAGCGAGCGGGUGCGAGAAGCUGGCUGUGUGAAUAGGAGCGCACGACGAUUUCGUUUGGUUUAUUUUAGAGUCGGCUUGUGUAGGAAUGUAACACCAGUAGAGUCAGUGCCGUGUUCGUCGUUUCACGUGAUUACGGCCACUGUCCAUGAUUGUUCAUUCACUUGAUUGACUACUUGAUCAUGACUACCAUACUAUCAUGACUACCAUACUAUCAUGACUAUCAUGACUACCAUGACUACCAUGACUACCAUGA